AUGUCGUGUCAUAAUCUCACAAGAUGUGGCACACGAUCUGCGAGUCACACCCCUUCACGUUCUCAUCACAAAAGGAAGACUCGGAAAAGCUGUCCGACCUCACCGGAAACCUCCAACUCAUCGGGGAGGAAAAGCUCAACCGACUCAACCAGUACUACGCCUCUCUCAAGAAGUGCACCUCUCUCCAAAAGCGGGCCUCUCUCGAAUUGUGAGAGCCGGAGGAGCACCACCAUCAUGUUUUCGCAGUCAUCCGGGAUGUUGAAACCCCCGGCCAUCGAGAAGCAGCUCGAGUGCACCUUGGAGGAGCUGUGCUUUGGAUGCAACAAGAAGAUGAAGGUUACGAGGGUUGUUGUCAAAGACACCGGGCAAAUGGCACAAGAAGAGGAAUUGGUAACGAUAAAUGUGAAGCCGGGAUGGAAGAAAGGAACGAAGAUUACAUUUGAAGGAUUGGGAAAUGAGAGACCUGGUGCAUACCCAGCCGACAUAAUUUUUGUGAUAGCUGAGAAGAGGCAUCAUUUGUUUGUAAGAGAAGGAGAUGACUUGGAGUUGACAGUAGAAAUCCCAUUGAUACAGGCCCUUACUGGUUGCACAAUUUCAAUUCCUCUUCUGGGUGGAGAAAAUACGACAUUGACAAUUGAAGACAUCAUAUACCCCGGCUACGAAAAGACCAUUCCAGACCAAGGUAUGCCGAUCUCUAAGGUGGAAGGGAAGAGAGGAAAUCUGAAAGUCACGUUCCUGGUUGAGUUCCCUACUUCUCUAACACACGAGCAAAGAUCAGAUGUUCAUACUAUUUUAGAGGAAUGUUAA